GCGAGGGGCUGGUUUGAUGUCAGUUUCUGGAGGAGAUUUGACGAUCAAAAGCAACGUGAACGGUUUUUUUCGGGGGGAAAAGAGCGGCCCUUUGGGUGAGCUUAUCUGGAAACAAGGCGGUGUUUAUCAAAAAUGACAAGGGGAAAUCAGCGUGAACUUGCCCGUCAGAGAAAUGCAAAGAAGCAAACCGACAUGCACAAGGGCAAAAGAAAUGAUGAUGGGUUGUCUGCUGCUGCUAGGAAGCAAAGGGAUGCAGAGAUAAUGCAACAGAAGCAAAAAAAGGCAAAUGAAAAAGCUGAAGAUAAACCCAAAUAGCUUCAAAGAGGUCAAAGCAAGC